CCAGGGCAGAGACCAUUAUUUUCCACAAUUUUGUCUCAGGGCAGGUGAAUCCCUCCUGGUCUCAGAGCAGAAGUCAUAUUUUUCUCUUCUCAGGGCAAUAUAGUUGGACAAAAGGUAGUGUGGUCUGAGGGCAGGACAGUGAAUCUCUCCUGGUCUCAGGGCAGAAGUGGUCUCUGAGGGCAGGACGGUGAAUCCCUCCUGGUCUCAGGGCAGAUGUGGUCUGAGGGCAGGACGGUGAAUCUCUCCUGGUCUCAGGGCAGAAGUGGUCUGAGGGCAGGAUGGUGAAUCUCUCCUGGUCUCAGGUCUGCACUGAUCCCAGGCUACCCUGCCCUGGCUUAGAAUUAGUUUGAGGCCAGUGUCUUUUCCUCCAUUUAAGUUUUGCCUCAGGGAUGUAAGUAUCAUAGUUAUAGGUAUUCAUAAGUAUCCAAUUUAAUGCUUCAGCAGAAAUACAUGUUUUAAAUUUUUGUCUUUUUGUCUUUGCCUGUAAAGGAAAACUUAACCAAGCAAAAUGAACAACUUAGAAACACUGAAGUCCCAAGGACUUCAUAGUGAAGAUGUCCUUGGGACAAUAGGGCCUUUCAAAAUCUUUUUGGGUAGUUUGGAGGCCCUUUUAGGCCCAUUUGAACUUCCAGAUGAGGUAAUGGAUGCCUUAUUUUACAUCAUGAGCAGGAGCCAGCCUGGGACAGAGGCAAUUAAUAGUCAGGCUAUGCGCCUGAUUUUGGAGGGCAGCUCCAGGGCCAGGAGUACUUAUUUCUUAAAAAAAAACAUUCUUAAAGGAGCCAGUGCCAUCUUCGGGCCCUACUUGCUGGGAGAGUGCCACUGGACCCUCUUUCAUUGCAACUUGAAAGAGGGAACGAUUACCUACAUCGACUCCUUGGGGGAGCAACCACAGCAUUGCUUCCAAAUAAUGGAAAAUUGGAGCUUAUUUGCUGCUAGCAGAGGCUUCCAAGGGCCCUGGAAGAUGAUAAAGAGGGACCAUGACUUACAAAACGACUCUUUGUCAUGUGGGGUGUUCUCACUAAUGUUUGCAGAAAUGAUCCUCCAGGGACAACAAGGGCACCUCCAAUGCCUCCCUAUCGCUCAAGAGCGGGAGAGACUUGGGACUUUGUUGUUCAACUCCCUUGAUACGAAGACUCUAAGAAGAAAAAAGGCAAGGGUUAAUGAUCAAAAUAUACAUACUGGAAAAAUCACCAAGUCUAAAAAUACAGGCUUCUAUGCCUUUGUAUGA